ACUGCAUGUCAGGGAUUCCCCUCGUCUCGUUUCGUUUCACUUUUGUGUAUCGGUAUAUAAAACCAUGCUGUUACACACCUCUGUAUCACAGACUGACUGACAGCGAUGAGGAGUAAUAAUCCCUUGCCACUUAUCUUGCUCCUCACUUUUGGUGUAGGAGUCAGAAGUAAUGACAGCAGUACGAGUCGUGUGACCCAGUCUAUCUGUGGCGAAGACGCACUUUUGCGCUGUUGGGCCACGUCCAAGCCUGGAGUCCAGUACCGGUCAGUCAUAUGGUACAAGGUCAGUGAGGCUCCCUCUCUCCAGUUAACUGGUCUAGUGAUAAAGAGGCUCACACAUCAUAACAGCACUGUUCAAAGAUAUAAAGGUGUGGAGCGGGAUUUGAAGCUGUUAGCGGAUUCACAGAGCCUUGUUUUGCCUAAUGUGACGCUGCAAGAUGCUGGGAGAUACCUCUGCUUUCUGUCUGCUCCCCUUGGUCAUCAGAAUCAGGAGGGAGAGAUUCAUCUCAGGGUCUAUGAGAAUCCUGAUAAGGAUAAUGGAACAUCAAAGGAACAGGAUACAACUUAUGUAAUACUGGCCAUCACUUUACUUAUAGUGGCACUGCUGAUGCUGUAUGUAAGUUAUACAUGUCUAAAGAAUACACUAUUAAACCACAAAAGCAAGUUCUCAGAAAAAACAACAAAGAAAGUUCACCAAAUUAAGGACUCUAUCAUUAAAAUGGAAUCAAAAGGAAUUGUCUGCGCAAUUGUGCCCCAGGAAUACGUGUGACACUACAGUCUUCAUGCUCUGGUUCUAAACUAGGAGACACAGAAGAGGAAGAAGAAGAAAUGAACAAAAUGAAAAAAAAAUUGUGCUAUGUGGACAUUACCUAAUG